CUUUGGAGCGCUAAUAACAUCCCAGGUUUGUUAAUAAGUUGUAAUUGAAUAAUUCGCCAACCACAGCUGUUUGUUUAUAUGACAACAGACAGUUGUAAUGUCAAGAAAAAAUCAUGAAAUUGUGUUUAGACUGAAGUUUCAUUUCCAAAGAGGAUUUCCAAAGAGGAAGUUGGUUAAAUAAUUCAAUAGGAAAAAAAAAAAAAAGAAAAAAGAGAUAAAAAAUAUUUGAAAAAGGGAUUAUAUUGUCGAUAAUAAAAUAAAGAAAGUUUUACUAAUACGUCGGAAAUUAAAGUAGCAUCUAUAGCGAGAGCAUGUCGGCAUUUACUGAAACGGCGUUAUUAAAAAAAUUGGCCGAAUUGAAUUCUAGCCAACAGAGUAUACAAACGCUAUCCUUAUGGUUAAUUCAUCAUCGUAAGCAUCAUGCCGGCAUUAUUAAGACGUGGCUGCGGGAAAUUGAAAAUGUACCAGAGUCCAAGAAACUUAUCUUUAUGUACUUGGCCAAUGAUGUUAUACAGAACAGUAAAAAGAAAGGACCGGAAUAUGGUAAAGAAUUUUCAAAUAUUUUGCCUAAAGUAUUCUCACAUAUUGGUGAAACUUGUACUUCGGAUAAACUUUUCGGCAAUUUGGGACGUAUCUUAAAUAUAUGGGAGGAGCGUGGCGUCUAUGAACCUAAAAUGAUAGCUGAUUUUAGAGCCAAACUUCACAAACAGAACCAUUCGAACGAAGGCAAUGACGGCAAGCGUAAAAGCGAAGAAAACAAUAAGACUAAAGUAAAACGGUCACGGACUUCUUCAGACAGUGACGAUAAAAAUACUGCACUUCUGUUUGAACUGAAUGGUGACGCUGAGCAAAGUCCCUAUUUGCCUUUGGGUGACCCGCCUGAACCGGAGGAGUUAAUAAAGGCUUUGGUUAAAAUUGAAAAUUCUGCCUCCAGUGACGCUAUAGUACGAGAGCGUAUUGCCAAUCUGCCACCGGAAAUUUCAGAAAUUAGCUGCCUUAAUAAACUCGAGGAUAAAGACGCUGCUAAAGCCUUAGCCAAUCAGGUUAACGAAGCUGUUGAACUUCUAAAUGAUUACAAUUCACGCUUAGCAGCUGAAAUGGAGGAACGCACCAAAUUGGCGUCGAUGCUGCGAGAUUUUCAAGCCGAACAAAAAGAAUUGCUGGUGCAAGCGGAAAAACGCUUAGAAGAGUAUAAGAAGAAAUUGCAAAAAAUUUUAGCCGUACAAAAGGAAAUUCGUGAUCAUCUCUCCAAUUUACCUGAUUUAACACAAUUGCCCGAUGUUACUGGCGGUUUGGCUCCGUUACCCUCAGCCGGCGAUCUCUUUAAUAUUCACUGAAUGAAUGGCUUUUAAAAGUAAACUUUUAUUUAUUCUUUAGAUUCUAUGAAUUGUUUAUAAAAAGAAG